UUUAAUUUCAUACUGCCAAUUGGCUUUUUAUACUAAAAUUGGCUUUGUCAAAUUUUACGACAAGUGGAAGGAGAAGAGAGGGUUUUUUAUUAUUAUUAUUUAAUACAGAAAUGACAAAACCACGUCCAUGUGGUUGUAAAGGAUAUAGAACAUGUCUUAUUUGUGAAACACAAUAUGGUGCAGAAAAGUUCAAACUCCAACUUAACUUGGAUAAAGAUAAGGGUUAUGUUUAUUGUCCUCUGUGUAAUAAAGCGUGGCAAGGAUGGGACCUCAAUGUGUACAAACAACACCCAAACCACGAAGGAGAUAGUAUAGAAUACCCUGGAAUCUACGUCCAACUGGAUUUUAUAAGCGAAGAAGAGGAAAAAGAACUAAUGCGGAAUAUCGAUGAAGUACCUUGGGACAUUUCUCAAAGUGGCCGGCGAAAGCAGAAUUUUGGUCCAAAAACUAAUUUCAAGAAGAAAAAAAUAGUCGCCGGAAAAUUCGAUGGUUAUCCUGCUUUCUCGAAGUUUUUGCAAGACAGAUUUAAUACAGUUAAUAUGUUGCAAUAUUAUGAAACUAUUGAACAAUGUUCUUUAGAGUAUGACCCCAGCAAAGGUGCUUCUAUAGAUCCACAUAUAGAUGACUGCUGGAUAUGGGGCGACAGGAUUGUAACUGUCAAUUGUUUGUCAGACUCUGUUCUCACUAUGACCCGUUAUCAAGGAGAUAUUGCAAAGUAUAACCUAUUGUGUGCUAAAGAAUACCCACCAAUACUCGCUCUAGAUGGCAGUAUUAUAGAACAAGGAAAAGCAACCCAGUCAGCCCUGGAAGCGACCAAACCAAAGACAGAUAGUGAUAUCAUUGUGAGAAUACCAAUGCCAAGGAGAUCUCUCAUCAUCCUGUAUGGGGAGGGCCGUUAUCACUGGGAGCAUAGUGUACUGCGGGAAGACAUCACAUCCCGUAGAGUAUGUAUAGCAUACAGAGAGUUCACCCCACCUUACAUGACCAAUGGGGAGCAUGAGGAAAUCGGGAAAGAAAUAAGGAAGAAAGCUAAGCAGUUCUGGAAUCAUAAAUAUAGAUAUAGCAACAUUCAUGAAAAGGUAGUUGAAGACUCUCGUACACCAGAUAUUGUUAUGGAAAAUUAGUUCAAUGUAAUUAAUAUAUAUAUAUAUUAGGGUGUCCCAAGCUAUAAGUGAAAAAAUUUUUUUUGCAAAAUCUGAUACGCAUACACUUUCAUCCAAUUUGCACCAAAAACUAAUUUUUAUUUUGAUCAUUUAUUGUGGUAUUCAGAUGGAUCAACUCUACCAAAAUUUACUGUAACUUUAUUCAAGUAGUCAUUAAUAAAUUAAUUGUGGUUGACCGGUUUAAUUUUAAUUGGGUUCAUUUGAGAGCCACACACCAAGAUUAUUAACAAAAAAAUAUUUUUUUUAAUCGGUGGCUCCUUACUGGUCUAAUCUUAUAAUUUGUCUGUCUUUCAACUCGAAAAGAAGAAAAAAUUACAUUAAAAAUUUAAUUUUAUAAUUUGUAUGCAUUCCUAUAUAGGAAUAUUUAUAUACAUAUAUGAUGUUGCUCUAUAAAGUAAUUUUUUAAGAACCCAGUGUCAACAUUACAUGUGAGCUUUUCCAAGUGUAAAUAAAGUUAUUUAUAAUUAUGUAAAAA